CACUCGCUCGCCUGUCCACGCCCAGGGGCCUGCUAGACCCGGAGCUGGGUCCGCCUCUCAGGGCCCCUCGGGUCAGGGACGCCUGUACGGGCGAGCCGGCCGAGCCGCCAGGCUGGUCCCCUGCACCCGCGCCCGGGAUGCCGUUCUACAGGCGCACCGUGGUGCCCCAGCGUCUGUGUCCGCGCAAUCCGCCGCAGCCGCUGGCUGAGCUCCGCGACGUGAGCCACCUGGCCGCGCUCAACCUACUCCGGCAGCUCGCCGACCUUUGUGGCCACUCGCUGGGUCUGCUCGAGGACCUAGAGGGGCACCUGCUGGCCCUGGGAUGCCGCACCGACAGCCUGUACCGGCGCACUGUGCGCCUCCGCAGCCGCCUUCCCUGCCGCCUACUUGGCCCGGAGGACGACGAAGAGCUAGGUGUCUCCCACUGGUCGAACCUACCCCGCAGCCAGAGGGCAAGAGAACCUGUUGAUGCUGCCCACACAGAAGAAUAUGAGGAACAGUACUCAGAGGCCAGACUUCUGGGGCAGACCUUCCGCUCUUCUGUUGAGGCCCCUGAGCCCACCCCCAGCCCAAGGCUCCAGUCUGCCAGGCGUCUGGAGUUUGUGUUGAUGCCUACAAAACAGCAGCUGAGUGAGGAUGAGACUACCACCCAGGGUGUGAGGGCCCCUGAGGCUGCCCUGAGCCUGUCUACAACCAACAAGCAAAUUGCCUGGAAUGGCCCCUUCCCUCUGCCCAUCCUAGAAGAGAAGCGGUGGCCUCAGCCCUGCUCCACGCAGUCUGACCUUGUGCCCAUCAACAUCUCUGGGCAGCAGUUUGAUAAACACGCAAGUUUGCGACACUCGUUGUUUAACACAGAGACAGCCGUGAACCCCAAGUCCACCCUGAGGCGGAGGAGGACCAUUAUUGGAUUCUCUAACUAUUCCCAGCGAGACCAAGGUCACAGCAGCAGCCCAGCAGGCAGUGUGGAUCUCUCUACUGCCUCACACGCCAGGCCCAGCCACUCAGCUCCACAAGGUGUUCAUGGAAGAGUUGCCAUUGGGCAGGAAGCUUGGUUCCCAAAUCGCACCUCACCAGUCCUGAGAAAUCUUUCUAGUGAGCCCGAAGACCCUCAUCAGGCACUUAGUGACCUAGACCCUCCUGGCAUGGAGAACAUGGGAAUGGUGUAUAGCGUCCCUAGCUCUUGCAAUGGGCCAAAAGAAUCAACAUUCUCUACUUCCUGGAAGGGAGAUGCUUUUACCUACAUGACUCCAAGUGCCAUCAGCCAGAACAAUCAAGUCAAUGAAAGUGGAAAAAAUCCUUCCUCGGGAAAUUCUUGGGUCUCUGUGAACACACACCCACCUCUUGUUCCUAAGGAGGCAGCUACUCUCUUUGUUGCCUGUGAUAACCCAGAAGGAUGUAGUGGAUUAGCCAGCUACUCUGAGCAUCCUACUCAACAAGGGCAAGUACCAAAAAGACCCCAAAAGAUUGGCCUUCUGACUAGUGGUACCUUGAGGCUGGAGACAGGCCCAGGUGGGGCCAAUAGAUUCAGGGAGCGGUCUCUGUCUGUGCCCACAGAUUCAGGCAUCACAGAUGGGAAUUAUGAUGAAGAGCAGAAGGCUACUGAGGCCUGUGCCCUGCCUUAUGCCAGUACAAGCUCUGAGGGCAGCAACAGUGCUGACAACAUUACUUCUCUCAGUGCUGAGCAAGAAGCUCGGCACAGAAGGCAGAGGUCCAAGAGUAUAUCACUCAGGAAGGCCAAGAAGAAGCCUUCCCCACCAACUCGCAGUGUCUCGCUGGUCAAAGAUGAGCCAGUCCUCUUGCCAGAAAGUGAGUCUGCACUGCCUAAAGACCAGAGGCCAAGGAGCCUUUGCUUUUCCUUGGAACACCAAGGGCAUCACUCAUUCCACCCAGACACUCAGAGUCACCCAGCUGUGCCAGCCCUCAAAGAUUCAGAAGGUGCACAGUUCUCCCACCACUGGUAUCUAACUGACUGGAAGUCUGGUGACGCCUACCAAUCCUUGUCCAGCUCUAGCACUGCCACUGGCACCACAGUCAUUGAGUGCACCCAAGUUCAGGGUAGCUCAGAGUCCCUUGCCUCCCCUUCCACCUCCAGAGCCACGACGCCUUCCCAGCUCUCCAUUGAGGUGGAGGCCAGGGAAGUCUCCUCUCCAGGAAGGCCUACUGGACUGAUGUCACCCUCCAGUGGAUACUCCAGCCAGUCUGAGACUCCAACACCCACUGUCUCCAUGUCCUUGACCCUGGGCCACUUACCUCCACCAAGUAGCAGUGUCAGGGUACGUCCAGUGGUACCUGAGAGGAAAUCAUCAUUACCCCCGACAUCGCCAAUGGAGAAAAUGUCCAAGUCACGGCUGUCGUUUGACCUACCACUGACCUCUUCAACCACCCUGGAUCUGUCUGGGAUGAGUAUCUCCAUCCGAAGCAAAACCAAGGUGAGCCGCCAUCACUCAGAUACCAAUUUUGGGGCCAAGCUGGCACAGAAAACUAGUCCCAACCAGCCGAUCAUGCCCAUGGUUACUCAGUCUGACCUACGUUCUGUUCGCCUAAGGUCAGUCAGCAAGUCUGAGCCAGAAGAUGACACUGAGAGCCCGGACUACACCGAGGAACCUGAAGCAGAAGAAGUCUUUGCCUUGCCAGAGAGAAAAGUGAAACCUCCCAUAGCUGAGAAGCCUCCACUGGCCCGAAGACCCCCUAGCUUUGUCCACAAGCCACCAUCUGUCCCUGAGGAAUACCCGCUAACUUUUCCUACCUUGGCUAUGACCCCCAAGAGCACCAUUCAACAUGUGAGACCGCUCCUCCAAGAAAGCUACACAGUGGUGCGGAAACCAAAGCCCCCUAGCUUCCCUGAGGGCAGAAACCCAGGGGAGCCAACACCCUCAUCUCUUGUUUUCACGCCUUUUCCAAGUUCCUCUGGUGCUUUCUUCUCAGGAACACAGAGACUCCCCCAGGGAAUUAUGGAGGAUGAGGGCCCCAAGAUGAGAGCCUUACCUGAAAGAAUUAGCCUCCAGAGCCAGGAAGAAGCUGAGAAAAAGACGGGCAAGAUUCCACCUCCUGUACCAAAAAAGCCCAGCAUGCUCUACCUGCCUCUCGCCUCCCCUGUAGCUCAGAUGGAGUCCCAUGUGGCAGAACCAAGGCUGCCUCUCAGCCCCAUCAUCACCCUGGAGGAAGAUGCCAAGUGUCCUGCCACCGGCAGUGACCUGCAAUUACAUGGUAAAAGGACAACUUCAGCUCCACAGGCUAACAGAGAAAAGAAAGCAAGCUCUCCAGGGAGUCCUGUGGAACCAAGCACUGAAGAGAAAAGUUUAAUCAGUGAUAAAACUGCUGAAUGGAUUGCGGAGGAGGAGGAUGAUGUCUUUGUGGCUUCUCGCACAACUGAAGAUUUAUUUACUGUGAUACACAGGUCCAAAAGAAAGCUGCUUGGCUGGAAGGAGCCUGGGGAGGGCUUUGCAAGCAGCCUACCAAGCUCUCACUCACCAGGAAAGAACAUGGCCGAUUCUCCCAUUAGUGAGUCUGCUGCUGCCGCUGCUGCGACUACCACCUUGGGAUCAAGCAGCAGUGCCAGUCUAGACAUGAGCAGAAAUGAUGAUUUCAAGGCCUUGCUCCAGAAGAAGGGAAGUAAGGCAACUCUGAGGUCCCGCCCCUCAGCAGCCGAACUGCUGAAGACCACUAACCCACUGGCUCGGAGAAUCAUUGCACAGUUUUCAAAUGACUAUGAAACCACCGAUAACCCCAGUUCCUAAGCCCUGGCUUCAACAAGCAGGGCUUACUUACUGAACUUGAGAUUAGGGGGGGAUAGAAAGGGUUUGGGAAAGGAACCAUGGAAAUAACAAAGACCCUGCUGUUUUAGACAUUAACUUACACUCUGGAUGGCAGGAGAGAGGCCAUUUCAAUUAGAAUUAAGAUCAUCAGGCACUUGAAACAUCUUUGGACAUUUUGCAUAUCCAUACUUUCACCCUUGCCAUGACUGAAAACCAAGUUUUUUCCUUUUCCUCCACUGGUGUGCACUAAAAAAGAAGAAAUUCUUAGAUGCAAGGGCUUAUGUGCCACCUUUUCAAUCUGUGUCCUGGCUGCUCCAUCCCUGGCUCCUGUCACUGAGGAGCACAGUGGGAGAGCAGAUCGGAGGUUGGCAACCUCUGGGAGUGAGGCAGAGGAUGUCAUUGCUGAUUAUUCACUUUCCUAGGGAGGACUUGAUGGCCAUAUGUAGAAACACAGAAAGACACCAAGGCUCCCGAACCACGGUGGGACUCUCUUCCAGGGAGAGUUUUGCAGGUGUGCACUUGUUUCAGCAUGGGGUUCAUUGGAUGACCUUUGUGGUACAAAAAAAUGAAUGUGACCCUGUCCUGAAACUUCAUUCCUUUUUCAGUUUGAUUGUCUACACGGAGAUCAGGGUGAUGUGUUUCAGUACAUUUGUGGACUGACAUUCCCCCCACCCCACUCCCGCCACUGCCCUAUUAGAUAGAAAAGGUCAGAACUGCAUGGCUUUGAAUGAACCAAGUUGAGCCAGCAAAUGAGGCAGCCUUGUGGUCACUCACAUCUGGCCAAGCAACUUGCACAUGCGCCUUGAGGUCCUACAGGUGUCUACCAGGAUCUAUGCCUAGUUCAUGCUGCAUUCUAAGAAUUCUCAUUUCAUUUGCAUGUAACAUUCAUUAAAGGAAGUAAUUAGCUGAAGGAUCAGCAUCACCAAAGGCUCAAGGAAGAUAGAAAGUAAAUUCAUCUUGCUCCACACUAUUCAAUUCAGAUAGAAUUUUGUGGUUAAUUGGAUUUUGAUUAAGGAAAUCUGACUCUUCAAAAAACCAAGAACCUAUAGACUAAAAGUAUCUACCCAAAAUCUAAAAGGCAGCUUUGCCAGUUGCCAUGGCCCAUAAAGCGCACAAAAAUGGGCCACUUUUUGCUAUUUACAUUCUGUUUGACCAACUUUCAGUUAAUUAUGCUGGGAAAGAGUGAACAACCAUUGUGACCCUCCUUCCCGUCCAAAGCUAAUAGGCACCUAACUAUUCUUGUCAGCUCAGUUUUCUAAAGACAGCAAGAGCAGUGACUCAUUUGAUUUCCAUAUGCCUGAUUUCUGGGAUCUUGGGGGUCAGACAGACAAAGCAUUUAAAA